GGCAGGUGUGGGAACUCUCUCUCUCAAUCUCUCCUUCCAGCCACUUAACCGAUUUAACCCGAGGGGCUCCCAGGAGGCAGCAGUCCCAGUUCGCGUGUUCUAGGAGGAGGGAAAAUCAGGACAUGGCGUACCGUUAGCAAAUCUCUUUUAUCAGCUGAGCUUAUGCGUUGCGCUCCGUACUGGGCAUCAGUGAAUAGCACUCAUGGCAGGAGACUGAGGAGGCCAGCAGUGACUGUCUCGUCUCUGCACGUGGUCUUCCAGUUUGACGACUGUGAAUACACAGGUCUUAUACAGGCUUAUACUGGGAUUGUCCAGCGGUGUGGUGUGUCGCCUGGCCCGGCCACCCUGACCCGUGCUCCUGUGCGUCCCCUGUGUGUCUCAGACCUUCGGCAAGAUCGCCAUGAAGGACCACACUCAGAUCAACCGGAACAACAACUUCCAGACCUUCCCUCAGGCCGUGCUGCUGCUCUUCAGGUGCGCGACGGGGGAGGCGUGGCAGGAGAUCAUGCUGGCCAGUCUCCCCGGGAAGCGUUGUGACCCCGAGUCGGACUACGAGCCUGGGGAGGAGUUCUCCUGCGGAAGCAACUUCGCCAUCGUCUACUUCAUCAGCUUCUUCAUGCUCUGUGCCUUCCUGGUGAGAGGGCAGUGCCCGGGCGCUGUUGGACGGGGGUCAGGAGGGCAUUGCAGUUGUAGACAUCCUCACAGGGCUGGUACAGUGACGCGUGCACCCCCACAGGGCUGGUACAGUGACAGGUGCACCCCCACAGGGCUGGUACAGUGACGCGUGCACCCCCAUACAGGGCUGGUACAGUGACGCGUGCACCCCCACAGGGCUGGUAC